CAUAAACAUAUGGGGUAUUGCUGUCCUAGUUGAAGCCAUUCAGUUGCCACUUACAACAGUGCCAAGUCCAGAGCUGAUGGGUAAAUAAUCUCUCAUCACACUGGAUGUGACCUUUAAGUUUUUCACUAUGCCACCCAAAUCCAGGAAAUCAAGGUCCCACAGUUCUAGGCCUGCCAAGACGACUGGGAGUCCAAAAACACCCAAAAAGAGGUCCUCUAGUGCCAAAUCCACCAAGACAGAUGUGGACAUCCUCAGCCCAGCAGCCAUGGAGAAUAUCUACUACAUUGCUCAUAAUGCGGUGGACUGUCUGGAGUUCAGAGGCUUUGGGUGGCCACACUCAAACAAAAAGAAGAAAAAGAAAAAGGGAACAAAAAGAAAAAAGAAAAAGUAAAUCAGAAUUUUUUGCCAAAGUUAGACUUUUUUCUCAUGGUUAAGGGGAUAGUUUCACUUAAAUACCUUGGUAAUAGCAUCAUCUAGUGGACAAAUCAUAACACAUCCCAAUUUAAACAUGUUACGAGAGCUAGAGUUAGUGUAAUGCAGCAAUAUGGAAAUAUAUUAAUACAUAUAUUAAAUAUAUAUAUAUAUAUUAAUGCAUGUUAUAACAGAAAAAUGUCACAUAAUCCACGAGGCAAAGACUAACAUUUUUAUCAGCAACUUUAUUGAAAGUUGAAUUAGUCAGAAUUGUUUUCACUCAUAUCGUAAAAGGCUUGGCAGCAGCUUUUGACAAAUUGGAAGCUUGUGAAAGAAUCUCUUUCAACUUAGCAGAAUAAGACAGAGAAGAGCAAAUGUAUACUCAAGUAAUAUUCAUUUUAAAGAACAUUAUGUGGAGAUAAUGAAUGUCAUGUGUAAAUUAGAACACCAUAGUGCAUCAUAGAAAAGGCCAGCCAACAUUGCCAUGAUACUGGACAUAAAGUGUUCCCACUAGUUAUUUAUAAUGUUCUUUAAAUCCAGUCUUGGAUCAGCAAUUUAUCUUACAAAAAUAGGCUACUAUGAGAACAUGCCUAUAAAACUAAGGGAAGAAACAAAUACUGUUCCAGGCACUGUUAAUAUUCUCAUAUUUUACAUUAUAUGUCCCUUUAUCAAAUGUACACUCAUUAUACCAUAACCCUGUAAAAUAAAUAGUUUCUCUGCAGA